AUGGCUACAGUGAGUGUCUCUGGUUCAAAACCUCUCCCAGAAACUCAGCCAGCUGCCAAUAACCCAGGUUCUGAAAUUGCCUCCAAACCUCAAGUCAUUUAUCGCUGUAAAAGAUGUAGAAGAAUUGUUGCAUCAGAGGAGAAUAUAAUCUCCCAUGAGCAGGGAAAGGGAGAACAAUGCUUUAAAUGGAACAAGAAAAGUGUCGACUCCUGCAAAAAUGAAGAGCCACCUGAAUGCUCUUCUAUAUUUGUAGAGCCCAUGAAGUGGAUGCAAACAGUGCAAGAAGGUUAUGUAGGGGAGAAACUUCAGUGCAUGGGCUGCAAAGCGCGCUUGGGUUCAUUCAAUUGGGCAGGCAUGCAAUGCAACUGUGGAACUUGGAUCAAUCCUGCGUUUCUGCUUCACAAAAGCAAAUUAGAUGAAUGCCAUGUACAAGCUUGGAUGUCUCAGAAUAUCCAAUUGACCCUUGCCAUUAUCAUAAUGGUUGCCCCUUAUAGAAAUGUACUAGAACAGGUGGUUAUAAGUCUUAAAUCUAUUUUGAAGUUUAUUCAUGACUCGAUCUCAAUUCCCUCAUCCACUUAUCAAUACAGCAUACCAAGGGCACUGAGGUUAGAGUCCAACCUGAUUAAACCAUGGCCAGGUUGCUGGGAUUCCAGAGCAAAAGUGACAGGGAUUGACCAGAAAGAUGUAAGGUGA